GAGAUAAACAAGCGUGCGAAGCUGCUGCGUUCAUUCCUCUUAUCGUGGGCUUCAAGCACGCACUCUAUUAAGGUGGAAGUAACUUUUAUCCUCCAGAGAAGAGUUCUAAAACACCCGGAAUAUACAUCUGGCCAAAAGUGUCACGGCAAACGAUAACCAUGUCGGCCUCAUCGGCGAAAGUCAAUAGAAAGGAUAAUUCAAAUCACGACGGAGCGGACGAGACCUCUGAAAAAGAGCAACAGGAAGCAAUUGAACACAUCGACGAAGUACAGAAUGAAAUUGACAGACUGAACGAACAGGCAAGUGAAGAAAUUUUAAAAGUAGAGCAGAAGUACAACAAAUUACGCCAGCCCUUCUUUCAGAAGCGAUCAGAACUCAUAGCCAAAAUCCCCAACUUCUGGGUCACAACAUUCGUCAACCAUCCACAAGUUUCAGCUCUUUUGGGGGAGGAGGACGAGGAAGCACUUCAUUACUUGUCGAGGGUUGAGGUCACUGAGUUCGAGGAUAUCAAGUCUGGAUACAGAAUAGAUUUUUAUUUUGACGAGAAUCCGUACUUUGAGAACAAAGCCCUUUCCAAAGAGUUUAAUGUAAAUGAAAGUGGAGAUCCUGUUUCCAAAUCAACUGAAAUCAAAUGGAAAGCUGGAAAGGACCUGACAAAGCGUAUAGGCCAGUCGCCAAACAAAGCUGGGAAGAAACGGCAGCAUGAAGAGCCAGAGAGCUUCUUCACCUGGUUUACUGACCACUCGGAUGCAGGAGCUGAUGAGCUGGGAGAAGUGAUCAAGGAUGACAUCUGGCCUAAUCCGCUGCAGUACUAUUUGGUCCCUGACAUGGAGGACGAGGAAGGUGACGGUGAUGAUGAUGAUGACGAUGAAGAGGAGGGUCUGGAAGAUAUUGAUGAGGGGGAGGAAGAGGAAGGUGAAGAUGAUGAGGAUGGAGAAGAUGGAGAGGAUGACUGUGAGGAUGAUUAAACAUUUCAACCCACACAUUUUCCCAGUCCUCCCUCUGUGAUAAUCCUACAACCCACGGGAGCAAUAUUUUUGUUUGUUUUUUUGGGGCAGGGUGGUGUUUGUAAAAAACGAAACAAAAAAAAUAUUUUUUCCUGUGUCAUCAGCCUGUCCGUCCUCUUCUUCUGCAGUCACAGCCUGUCCAUAAUCAUAAUGCCAUGUCUUAAGACCAGUUUCAUACACAGCAGGUCUGCAUUGGGUUGGGUGGGGUGGGGUGGGGGUGUCGGUGGCUCUCCUUAAGUCUCACCUGUAGUCUCACCUGUUAUUGUUUCUCUACAUCUCCCAAAGACAUGCGAAAGAAUAUUUAAAAAAAAAAAAAAAUUGUAGCAUUCUGCACACCAUCCUACGUAGAUUUGAAAUACGUACCAUAGAAAUUUAAAAUAUGACAGUUUCUGUUGAAGUUGUGAGUUCAAUAAAAAAUAAGCCAUGGUGCAGUGAUAACUUAAUCAUAGCAUCCUUAGCCACAUAUAUAAUAUAUGCGGUGGUGGUGGGUACUAAGGCUUAUUAGAAGUUGCAUUUUCCUUUGUAACUUAUUGUACUAAUGGAACUGAUUGAAAGCACCAGCUUGUUCCUUUCAACCGUUGUAAAUGUUUUUUGGAUAUACAUGUAUCUUGGUAUGACAGUUGUUUAUUGUACACAGUUUAAUGCGGAGGUGUGGUGGGGCUUUGACACCAAAUCUGGACUUCUGUUAAAUACAUUUUCAUUAUCUUGUAUUUCAGACACCCACAAGGUUUGAAAUUUUUUUAUAGAAACAACCUAAAAAUCUAAUUUUGAUCUUGACCUAACACUUUUGAGAUGGGAGAUGAAAAAGAUUUCUGUAGAGUCCUCUGUUGGAGUCUGGAGCAAUUCUCCUGUUCACUGGAAACCUGUUCACAUUAAAUUAAGUGUACCAGUUGCUUUGUUACAAUAAAUAAAAUAAAUGUAAACAUGA